UUCUGGGACAAAUAGCAGAUGCUACAUUAGAUUCUGUUUAUUCGAAGGUCAAGUAUUGGACGUAUAAUUAAACAAUAAUCGUAAACAUCUGUUUGUUACGUCCAUGAUUCGAAAGUUUAUCAGUAGUGGUCGUGGCUUCAAAGAUAAUUUGAUAAUCCGUAAUUACAAUAAAGUCUAUAAAAGACUAGGUUUACAAUUUGCGUUCAAUUGGAACACUUAUUGUAUUCUAGCUUUUCCUGUUCGGCUGAUUCCGACCUCUCUACAGUUGAUUGUGAGUUUGUUUCCCCCUUCAUUGUGGCAAACGUCAAUACUUUAGCUAGGGUUUCAAAACACGAUAACAAUUGACACAAUAGAAUGGUUUGAGGAUGUUUAAAGCAACAGAAAAACCUACAAAGCCUGGUAAAACACCUCUUAAUUACAACAAAGAGGCAGAACAUCAUAAGUUAGACACUACGUUUUACCAACUGGACAUUUUGCCCGAAGAGGAGGAAUUGGUAGUUAAACAUCAGUUCGAACAUAAAUUACCUGAACGUGAAGACACAACAAUACCUUUUGUCCAAGAUCCGUGGACACUACCUCCUCAAUAUAGUUGUGACCAACCAACUGGACCUGUUCUUGUUUACAACCCGUUUAUACCGUCCAUCGUAUCAACCACAAUAAGGACUUUACAACCAACAAGUUUGGUUCGACCUAAAAUUCCGCAAGCCUUACUGACGAUUUCCGCAGGGACACGAACACCUGGACCAGUGCAACCACCUUAUCUUGGAACUCCAUUGGCGGUUAAUAAACUCUCAUUGCCUGUCUUUACAGAUACCGUCUCAUUUUUCAUCCAACACUGCAACGGCAUUAAUAGAAGUUAUGACAGCAUCAACAACCGCAUCUACUAUAGCAGUUUCAACGACAUCUGCACCACCAAGAACAACAACAUCAACCGCAACAGCAGCUAUUUCAGCAGGUUACCAGAAGUUAAACUCGGGGGCUCGAUAUGGAUUUCGAGGGCUGAUAUCGAUAUUGGCCCCGAGGGCUGAUAACCAACCUUGACUUCCGGCUAUUAUUGGCCAUGCAAAAACGUACAUAUCAGUUCAAAAUAUGUGAUAAUAUGUAAUAUUGUAAUGUUUUAACUUAAUUCUUUAUUAAACAAUUCGAACACUUA